AUGGCCGAUCAAGAUAUUACAGAUAUGCUAACGGUUUGGGAUUUAGAAACCUAUGUAAACAUAUUUAAAGAACAUGGAAUAGAUAUAUCUUGCUUGACAAUUAUCACCGAAGAGAUGAUACAAGAAAUAAUACCAAUGGUUGGCCAUAGGGCAAAAUUUAAAGUUAAUCUAGAAGAAUGGUGUAAAAUGAUUACCCAAGUUAAUGACCAAUCGUUUAAUAAUAUGGUUAUUUUAAUAAUACUUACAAUGUCAAAAUAUCUCAGUGGUUCAGCAAAAAGGAAAAUGAAAAUAAAAAAAGAUGAAGAAAUAAAGAAGUUGAGAGGUUCAUUAAAUAUAUUUCUAGUAAAAAACAAUUUGGAUAAUGCUGUUGACAAGUGUGCUAAAAAUGUAAUUAUUAAAACAAAUGAAAAUACUGAUGUGCAAUCGUCUGGGACUUGUGAUGAUACUGAACCAGACAUAUUUGAUAAACCAGUUGAUAACUGUUCUACCAACUUAAUUAGUCAAAUAAUGAAUGAAAAUAAUGAAGUGGAAUCGUCUGAGACUUGUGAUGAUACUGAGUCAGGCAUAUUUGAUAAACCAGGUUUAGAUUUAACAAAUGAUUAUCCAACUGACCGUGGACAUUUUAAAGAGUAUGAUACAGUAAAAUCUGAUUUGAAGAGAAGAAUUAAUGAUUGGCACCAUAUUGGAGAAAAAAUUGGAACACAUGAAAUUUCUCAACAGCAUAUUCAAGCCACUGAAGUCCGAGUACGUUGGUUAAAAAAUGAAACUAUAGACAAACAUAUGGAAGAUGAAAUUAUUAAAGAAGCUAGUUUUUGGAGAAGKGUUUUAAUUAGAUUAGUCAAAAUCAUUUUAUUUUUAACUGCAGGGAAUACUGCUCUCCGAGGAAAUGAAAACAAAGUAUUAAAUAUAUUAGCAAGUGAAGUAAAACGAUCUAAAUAUUAUUCUAUAAUAGUAGAUUCGACACAAGAUAUAACAAAAAUUGGUCAAUUGAGUGUUAUACUGCGUUAUGUUGUUUUAAACUACGAAACAAAAUCAUUUGAAGUAAAAKAAUCUUUUUUUGGGUUUUUUGAAUUAAAGAACCAUGGCUCAAACGAUUAUGAAAAUCUUAUUUAUGAUGUGUUGCAAAAAUACAAUUUAGACAUCCAAAAUUGUCGAGGCCAGGGUUACGAUGGUGCAGCAGUAAUGAGUGGAGCUUAUUCAGGAUUGCAACAAAAAAUAUCUUCUACAGUGACGAAUGCACAUUAUGUACACUGCUGCUCACAUAACCUUAACUUAGUGAUUUGUGAUGCAGCAAAAUCAACACAAGUUGCAACGAACUUUUUUACAACAUUACAAACUAUAUUCAAUUUUUUUAGUUCUAGUUGUCCUAGAUGGGCAUCACUUGCAUUUGGUGAUGACACUGCCAAAACAAUUAGACUUAAAGUAUUAAAAAUAGUUUGUCCUACUCGCUGGGAGUCUCGGCACUCAUCAGUAUCUGCAUUAAAACAAAGGUAUAUAGGAGUUAUAAAAUCAUUAACAUACAUGAGUUUAUCAAGUAAUAAAGUAGAUGAAAAACAUGGCAAUUUCAAUUUAAAAAAAAUAGAAUAUUUUGAAUUUUUACUUAUGUUAUGUUUAUGGGAACGAGUAUUGCGUCCUUUGCAUGGUAUCUCUAAACUUUUGCAGAAGCAAGACAUUGACCUCCAGAGAGCAUUAGAUAGAUUGACUGAUGCCUAUACUUGUAUGCAGCAACUAAGGAAUGACUAUUGUAGUGUAGUUGAAGAUGCAAGCAACAUGGCAAUUAAAUGGGGUAUUCCAACUGAUGACAAAGUGGCUUGCCAAAAACCAGCAAGAUUGUUUUUUGAUGAAAUAGAUGGCGACCGACGGAUGAAUAUCACACAAGAUAAUUUUAAAAUAAAAGUAUUUUUACCAAUUGUUGACACAAUAAUAUGUCAACUUAAAGAUCGCUUUAAAGGUUUACAUAACGUUUGUAGCAUUUUCAAUUUUUUGAAACCUCAAACACUUUUAGGACCAGAUGAAAUUACUAUAAAAGGAUCAUAUGACUUUAUACAAAUGUAKCAAUCAGAUAUUAGUUCUGAUUUAACGAGUCAACUGCUAUCAAUCAAAGAAAUUAUAAAAAAUAAAAAUUUGAAUAGUAUCCAAGCACUGGCCUCGUUUAUUCUCGAAAACGACUUUGCUACGAGUUACUCUGAUAUAUUAGGUGCAUGUAUAAUUUAUUUGACAUUGCCAGUAAAAAGCAAAUUAAGAACAACAAUGACACAGGAAAGACUUGAAUCCAAGACUUUGUGGACAAGUUUGCUGAAAAAGAUAGGCGUAUGA